CGCGCGCCCAGGCUUUCGACGACCAUUAGAGGCGGUUGGUUGGGCGAGGGUCGCGCGAUAAUCAAAUCGAACGGACAACAACGGCUGGAGGAACUGUCAAAGUGGCGCGAACGGAAGCAAAGCGCGCGGGACGGAGUUUAUUCAGUGGGGGCCGUUAGCUCGCGCCUCGGCCGAUCUAGCUGAUGAUGUUCGAUGGAAUGAAUGUAAUACGCGAAUCUUCCGCCGAUCGGCCGAGAUCAGUUUUUAGCAGUGAUCCUGGGCCUCGGGGGCAAAACCCGCAGAAAAGAGAUCAUUGUAUUUCAAUAUUGACUGGAGUCAGUUCUUGCAAAAAGAAACUUUCAAAGAGACCAGGGUACAUGAGAAAAGAUGUUGAACAAAGGUCGCAUCACACUCCAUUUGUCAAUGUCCAGUAUAUAUCACCACAAGUUGAAAAUGAAAGAAAGACUUGUUCCAACUUGUCUUUUAAUAACAACAAACUGGUGGAAUGCUUAAAAAAUCUUAAGCAUUUCAGGGACAUCAAAAUUGCUGAUCAUCAAAGUACAGCUUCAAAUCACAUGGCUGCUGAAAAUCCUGUAGUUGCAGCUUCUAGGCCAAAUAUGAUGAUGUCAGAAAAUGUUCAGUGUUCUGAAUCUAACUACCAGUGUGCUGAUGGUUGUGAUGACUCCUGUAACACCAGCAUUAAAACUUGCUCCAAGUGUUUUUCAUCAGGUUCUCUCCAGAAGCAGGAUACUUGCCUCACACAGAGUGAAAGGGAAAACAGUAUUGCUGUAAACAAGCCACAAGCUGUUGCUAGUACAAAGAAACAAGUAGAUAAUGAAAACUUGCAAAAACUGCACCUUUGGGACACAGACGAAGAAAUACAUUCGACUAAUGCCUUCAUUUCCAGCUUCAGUUUCAUACAAAUGUCAUUGAAUUAUCAUAGCAUUAAUGCUAACAGUAAAGACGAACUGCAGCAGAAUGAAUUUGUUUCAAAUUUACAGUUUCCCCAAACUGGACCACAUUUGAGACCGUAUCAAGUUAGUACUUUAGCAACAAAGCAAUUCUACUCCAAACCUUUAAGGGAUGCUGUUGAUACUCCUUGUUCACAUUUGUGUCAAAGUGUUGACAUUAAAUGUGCCACAAAUACAGAAUCAAAGGGCAGGUCUCAGAAUUAUGACUCACUCUUAUUAGAUAUAGAUUUUCCGUUUCUGUGUUCAAUUGAUUAUUUUGAUGACUGUCCAGGUUCAUCUGUAACUUCAAGAUAUGAGAGCAACAUCACUGCCUUUGAUCAGAAAUGUAACUCCUUGAGGAAGUACGAACAGAUUCUUCAAGAUUGUCUACUUGAAAACAGGAUGACAUUCAAGCUUCAGUCUUUGAUCUUAAAACUGAAGAAACUUCAGAAGAAGGCUGUAAUGGAAGAUGAUUAUGAGAAAGCUGACCAGUUCAACAAGAAAUUAGCUGAGUUGAAAAGAGGAAAUUCCUUAAAGUUCCAGUUACCUUCCUCCUAUCCUUGUAUUGCAAGAUUUGUGCAAGAAAUUGAACUUCAAGCUCAAGUUGUUGACCAUUAUAACAAUACAGGUAAUUUACUACAAAGUGUAGAAGAGAGAUUUUCAGAUUCAAAACCUGAUAAUCUACACAUGUCAUGGUCAAGGAAAAAACAGCUUAUUCAAGACAGACAGCAGUUACAGGAAGAAAUCACUGAUCUUAAAGAACAACUGGCAGUAUUGGAAGCUAAAGACCAUCAACUGUGUAUAGAAAUAGAAGAAGAAACCAGACUCAUACAGUCGUAUGAUUAUGAACUUCCUUCUUUAUCGAUUGUCUCAGUGAAUGAGUUACAAGAUCUGAAUAAGACCCUGAAAGAUGUUCUGCCAUUACGAAAUAAAAUCCUUUUCAAUUCAAAGCUUCCUGAAGAUGUAAAGAGGCUGCAGCAGAAAGAACAGUCACUAAUCAUGGCUAUUAAGACAGCUACUGCAAAGAUCUUCAGUAGCCAAAAGCAAUGCAGCAAACUGAGUGGGAAGGCGAGUGACAUUGAAAUGCAGCUUCCAAUUCUCUUAGAAGCCAAGAUGUUAGCAAUAUCGGGGCAUGAAUUCUCCACUGCGAAGGCCCUUGCUGAAGAGAUCAAAUCUUUGACUUCCAAGAAAAUUGGACUUGAAGAACUUAUCAGUGACCUGCAAGAUUUUAGUAUUAAGAAGGCUCAACAAUUUGAAACCAUCAGGGAAGAGUAUAAUAGCCUGAGGGCUCAACUGGAACAAAGAGAAAAUUUAUUUGAGAAGAACCUGAAGGAAAAUAUUAUUAAAUAUAUGAAAGCCCUAGAAGACAAGCUUUAUAAUUGUGGAAAUCAGGUGCUUGCAAAAGUGUGGGAAGCAGACUUAGACGCCUGUCAACUCUUUGUCAAAAGUCUACAGCUGCAAGAGGCAAGUUCCUGUGGCCCUGAAAGGGAAGAAUUUCAAGGAAAUGAAGACAGCAGUGCAAUUGAAGACGCAUGCAUAGAAGUUAAAGACACAAAGGACACUGCCUUUCUAAGUAAACAAGAUUGGUGUGUGAAACAAUGUUCUGUUCCUGACCAAAAAGAAACUGAUUUGUCCAAGGUGCCAACUAACUGUUCUUUUAGUGUUAAGGAUACACAGUCAGAGAUUACUUACAAGGAUUCUGCAGUGGACAUAGAAGUACAGUGUGAAACAAUUAGUCACAAACUGCUCUGUUUGGAAGACCAACUACAAAUGGCAAUGAACAAUCAUGACAAGAGUCUUACUCAGCAUCUACAGAGAGAAAUCCAGAUGAUAAAAGAAACACUGCGGGCCAUGUUGAAACAGCUUUUGCCCAUUGAAGAAGAAGAGGAGUUAGGAGGUUUUACAGUCAACAGCUGGUGACUAAGAAAGUAAUGAUUUGAAGACAAAUGCAUCUGAUGUUAGCAUAUGACAUUCCAUAUGACAACAGUUUGUUAACUGUGUAAUGUCUUGGCAAAUCCUGAAGUCAAAUUCAAUAAUCACAUGGUUACAAAAAUAUGAUGUGGUUACUAUAAUGCACUUAAUUUAGUUUUCAAAAGUUCAAAGGCCAAUGUUUAAAUUUAAUAGUGUAUUAUUUAUUGCCUUGUAUCAAUAACUGUUUUUAAUAUCAAUUUUAAGCAAGGAAGCUAUUUAUACAAUGCAAUGCAAUACAGCACAGUAAAGGGCCCUCCAGCCCACCAAGCCUGCACUGA